AUGGCCCCGCCCAAAUCCCUCUCAGACAUUCGCGCCGAACUCGAGGAGCUCGAUGCCGCGUACCCAGAGCUCUCAAUAAUCAGAAUUAGUGAGCCCAUCGCUUCAAAUGCAGAUGUCGUUGAUGAGAAUAAAUUAAAUCAAUUAUCUCCUUCAAAGCAGCGGAUUUCAGAUGUAUCUACAAACGGAUUCGAGAACCCGACGCCGACAGCCCUGGAGGCUGACUUGGCGCAUUAUAAGGAACUUUUCUCUAAACUGCGCUUCUCGUACCUCGAACAAGUUACAAAGGAAAAGUUCCUGCGAGCCAUCGUGGGAGAUCCACCCCUCGUCGUGGGACACAAUGAUAAUGUGGAGCUAGAAGCCCAGCUGGCCCUGGUCAAAGCCGAUUUGAAGGAGCGCAAAAAGGAAGUUGCAGAUUUAAUAGAACAGAUGGAGAAAUCGGGUAGAGAUCUGGCGAGCCGAUACAAAAAAGUCCAGCUCCAAACCACUCAGCUCGCUGAGCUACCUUCGUCAAUCUCUGAGCUUGAGAAUACCAUAGCUGAGCUGCGUGCUUCAUCGGCCAAUGCCUCACAGUCGCCUGAAUCUGGGGAUGUCCCUGCGUCCCAAACUCUCUCGCUCCAGGAUACACUUGCUCUCCUCGCGGAGCGUGAAGCUGAGCUUGCAAGCCUAAACCAUCAGCUGAGCUCGGUAGGACCCGUCUUGCCUAGGAAAGCUAGGGAGGCUGAAGCGGCAGAACGAGAAAUUGCCGGGUUGGAGAGGAGGCGGAACGAAGUUGUUGCUCAAGCGAGAGAAACCCGCAGGAGGAAGAACGAAGGAGAAAGUGACGGGCUGGAAGAAAUGGGAAGAUGGUACAAAGGCGUAGAGCAAGGCCUUAAGAGUUUGGUAGGAACAUAA